GUGGGGUGGGAAGUACGGGAAGAGGCUUCCGCUAUGGCGUCUGCAGCGCGGCUUUUGUGCCGAGGAGGCUGCGCGGUGAGGACGCGGCUCCUCUGGGGGGCUCCGAAGGCGAGACUCGGCUGGCGGCGCCACGUCGCUUCGGGGCGAAGAGGAGGGGGAAGCGAGGCGCUUGAACAGUCCAGAUUUUUCAGAAGAGGAGUUGCAUUCUCAGCACUGUCCUACUUGGGUUACAAAGCAUACAUACUAAUCUCUCACUCUAGUGUGGUUCAUGCUGAUGUCAAAGUCGAUGAACUCCUAGAUCAAGCAGACUACCUAUAUGGUAGUGGGGAAACCGAAAAGCUCUAUCAGAUGCUGGAACAAUACAAAAACAGUGAGAAUGCACAACUGUUGUGGCGCCUGGCACGAGCAUCGCGGGACGUGGCUCAGCUUAGUCAAACUUCGGCAGAGAAAAAGAAGCAGCUAAUCUAUGAGGCCCUUGGUUACGCAACAAAAGCACUCGAGAAAGAGAAAACGUGUUUCAGUGUGCACAAGUGGUAUGCAAUCUGCAUCAGCGAUGUGGGAGAUUAUGAAGGAAUAAAGAAAAAAAUUACCAAUGCUUUUGUUAUUAAGGAACACUUCCAGAAAGCGAUAGAACUGAAUCCAAAGGAUGCUACAUCACUUCAUCUUAUGGGCAUUUGGUGUUAUACGUUUGCUGAAAUGCCAUGGUAUCAGAGCAAAAUAGCUGCAGCUUUAUUCUCAACGCCACCCAGCUCCACCUAUGAAGAGGCUUUACGUUACUUCCAGAAGGCUGAAGAUGUUGAGCCAAAUUUCUAUAGUAAGAACUUACUCUUCUUGGGAAAGACAUACAUGAAGUUGAACAACAGGAAAAUGGCCCUUUUGUGGUUAACAAAGGCCAAAGAACGGCUGCCACACACAGAGGAGGAUAAGCAGGUGCAUAAAGAAGCUGUGGAAUUGCUAAAUUCUCUGUGACAAGAUCACUGAAUUUUUUUGUGUUGCUAUGAUCUUACUGGGCUGGGGCAACCCUGUCAGAUGGGUGGGGUACAAAUUGUUAUUAUUUACUAAUCAAACACAUAAAACAGGCCUGGUGCUAUGGAAAUGGCCACAUCUUUAACUGGAGGAAAUUCUAUAAUGUAUUGACUAUUGCGUGAAAUAUAUAUUGCAAGAGAUGGAGGGGAUAUGUAUAAAAUAUGCUGUCCCAACCAAAAGCAGUUAUAAAAUUUUCUUAGAGGAAUUGUUUAUCUUUUGCUUCUAAAUCCAUUUUUUACUUGCUGGAGCUAAACUCUCACUAGCUAGUAUCUUAGGAAAAGAACUGGCUAAUUAUUAUCUUUUUCAGAGCCCCAACACCAACUUUAAAAAAUCCUUAUAAGGAAUAAUGUUGGGCCUGUCCAUCUUUUAAGACCCAUGGACAUAUUGUGGCUUUUGAGUGAGUACCAUGGAUGCCCUCCAUCACUUCUAUCCUUCACUACCCUGGAAAGAGACAGAAAGCAUGUUUUCUAAAGGAUAUGGGUAUCAGAUCCAGUAAAAUUAAUGUGAGCCUUUAACAG